AUGCCUCCGAGGAAAAGGGGCAGAAAGGUCAAGAGGACGGCGCCUCCCAGCGCUGGACGCCCCAGUCUCGAUGCGCUCCCGGACGAGGUCCUUCACCACAUGUUGUCAUUCCUGCCAGCGCAGGAGGCCGUGCGGACAUGCGUGCUGGCCCGGCGCUGGCGCCACCUCUGGAAGUCUGCCACGGGCCUGCGCAUUUUGUGCGGCAAUGGCCAUGAAGCGGCAUCAGUAUCGGAGCUCAGGGAGUUUGUGUACCAUCUACUGCUCCUUCGAGGAGGCUCACCUCUUGACACUUGCGUGCUCGACUUGUGUGGAUAUGAAGACGAAGACAUUCCCCUUAUGAGACUCUGGAUCCGGCAUGUUCUGAUGUGCAAAGUCCAGGCGCUAAGCCUUGAUAUUGGUAGGUUUACCAUUCCUGGGGACCCCUGUCUUGAGGUGGGCAAUCUGCCUCUCGUCUCGCAGAAUCUGAAGAGGCUAAAGCUCGAAAGUCAACAAGUCAAUGAUAGCUUCCUUGACUUCUCCAGGUGCCCGGCAUUGGAAGUCCUUAAGUUCGACGAUUGUGAAUUCCUUGACUGCCAUAGGAUUUCAUCACAAUCUCUAAAGUUUCUAAGUUUCAGUAACUGCGAUUUUGAUACAGAGUUUUGCACUUAUAUUUAUGCCCUGAAUCUCAUUUCACUUUGGCUUGAAGUCACUGAAGGCUGGACUCCUUUGCUUGAGAGAAUGCCUUCCUUGGUAGAAGCAGUUGUUAAAAUCAAAUUUUCUGAUGACUCUUAUUGUGGGCGUUGUGGGGAUGAGGACUGCUCUUCUCGUUAUACAGUACAUGGUGAUUCUGUUGACACUGUGCUUCUCCAAUGUUUAUCAGAAGCUCAGAGUUUGGUGCUGAUGUCUGAUAUUAGAGUGGAAUCCAAAACUGAAGUGGAAAUGAAAGGAAGCCCUGAUACAAUGGAGAAAUCAAAUGUAAUAUCAGAGCAUCUUAAAAUUGUGGAAGUUAAAUGUGAAGUGGUCGAUGAAAAAGUGCUGAAUGUUUUGAAGUUUCUCAGUAAACUUAGCAUAUGUUCGUUCAGGUUUCAAUUUUGA